AUGUCUUCAACAAGUAACCCUUUUCCUCUUGCGUCGGAGGGCUAUGAUGAUAGUGCUCCAAGUGCCGACUCUGGCACUGAGGCGGGUGCUGCUGGUGACAGCUCAGGCAACUCCGUUUCUAUCUCUCAAGGCGGCAUGAUUGCUAUCAUCGUUGUCGUUGUUGUCGUCAGUUUGAUCGGCAUCUCCACAGCCGCUCUCUUUUUCAUAGCAAAGAGGCGCGAAUGGACAAUGCGAGAGACAAUCAGGAAGUCCGCCCGCAAAGUUGUUACAGCUCUCACACCGCGGAGAACAGAGUUCCCUUCAUCAGUUAAAGACGGACCUGUUCCAUCUCAUCGUAAUCGUACAAGGAUUGCUGAUGAUGAUGUCCCUCCGACACCGAGAAUUCGACCUGAGGAUCUUGAAAAGGGUCUAGCUCAAGCCAAGGCAAAGCGUAAGGAGAAGAAGUGGUUGAAGAAGUGA